ACCAUGCAAGGACACCUCAGCGUGACCUGUUGUCAUGUCAGGGCGUUUUCAGUCCAGCACAGCCUCACAGCUGAGUUAGAUGACUGGCAGAGUUUAACCAAUGCUGACGGUGGAGCAAUCAGAUUCAACUUAACCAGUGGUCGGCCAACGAAUGUCACUUUUCCUGUGGUACCCACAGCAAGGUUUAUUCGCAUACUACCCCUGGCCUGGACUAAUCAAUACUACAGAGUGAGGUUCGAGGUAUUCGGGUGCCAAGUGCAAGAUGGUAAUGUAAGGUUGGUGAAUGGCACUGACGCUUGGAGUGGCCGUGUGGAAAUCUACCAGCACGAUACAGCAUCCUGGGGAGCGGUGUGCGGUAAAGACUGGGGGAUAAACGACGCCAACACGGUGUGCCGUCAGCUGGACCUCGGUGCAGCAAUCCAGGCCAACACAGCCUCAGAAUACGGGAGAGGUGACCUGCCGAUCAUGAUGAGCCGAGUCGCUUGUGAGGGGACGGAGAGCCGACUGGCCGACUGCCCGUUUGUCAGCACCAAGUACCAGCAGUGUGAAAGCUCAAACGUUGCCGGAGUAGUUUGCAAAUCCAAACUAAAUACUGUUCGGUUGGUGGGAGGACUCAAUGACUUCAGUGGUCGGGUGGAGAUCUUCCGAGACGACACAUGGGGAACGAUCUGCGACCGAAACUGGGACAUCAGGGAUGCCGGGGUGGUCUGCCGACAACUCGGGUUCCCCAGCGCCGUGGAGGCCAAGUCCGGAGCGCACUACGGGGAAGGAAGCGGACAAGUCCACAUGGAGGGCGUGGCCUGUACUGGCUCGGAGGAGGAACUCGAUGACUGCCCGUCCCUUAGCUGGACAGCAUCCACCUGUAGCCACAGCCGAGAUGCCGGGGUCAUCUGCAGUGUCGAAACUAGCGGUUCUGAAGAAAAUAACCCUGAGUGAUGAUACUAUUGACAACCAGCUUCAUGCAGUGCCUGCGAUAGCCCUGCUUAUAGACUACAAGUGCAUGUGUAUGGUUACUCCGUUGUGUAUUAAAUGUAUCACUUAAUUCGUAGUGUAAUCACCUUCAUCUUGUGCCAUUGCUAUUAAUUUUGAUGUCUCAUUAGGUAAGCUAGUAACAAAAAGAUUGCCACUUAGGUUAUUGUUGUUGUUGGUUUUUUUGUUUGGCGUGCCAUGCCCCAAAAGAUGGUUAAUACCUUAUGCAGGACCAGGGUAUUUCGGGUCGUCUAAGCCGAUUUCCCUGAAAUUUGGCAGGAAUAUUGGUUUUCAAUCAAAUGCUUCCAAAUUUUACUCAACAAUUUUUGAGGUCAAUAUUCGUUCAGUCAAUACACGUUUGGGCAUCCACAGUUACCGCUAGAGGGCGGAAUACAAAAUUCGGGGCAACAUCAUUUAGUCAUUUUGUCGCAAGGUUGAAUCUUUCUACCAAAAUCGGCAGAAAAGAAAGGUGAUAUUGCAUAAUAUUGGGAUGUACAUUUUUUUAUGAAAAUAAACUUUAUAAAAAAUAUCCCAAAACUUGGAGGCGAAAAGGUAAAAAUAAAAGUUGCUUUUCGCGCCAGUGGGAGCCGGCCAUGUUGGCCAAGCAUGCCGAUGUUGUUACUUUUUUCGAUUGACGGAAAAAUAUUAAAUCUCUCAGUCAGACUCAGUCCGAAAAGGGCUUUAGGUCAAUGGUUUCCCCGCGGCUACGGACCAUUACGUUAGGAUCAUGAUGGUCCCAGCUUGAGCGUUCGAUUAGCACAUUUCUCUUGGCUAACCCGUCUGCCUUUAUUACCCGAGUCGAUCCGGAUAAGCUACUCGAACGCAUCCCAUAAUUAAGAAAAUUCACCAAAUUUCACGCUGACCUGAUAAGGUUUAAAGAAAGGAAAACAGAGAAAAACGAAAUUCACUUAAUACAAUGUUAUUGACUUUUUAUGUCAUUUAAUGAGAACAGAUUUGGGUUCCUAUUUGUUAAAUAAGAAAACAAAUGCAUUCACAAUCAAUAGUGCUGAUGGCCCAAGCACAGGUAUUUUUCCCUUCAUUUAAUAAAACUGAAGUAGGUCACACUUUUGGAUCGAAUGAGACAUACUGUGCUAUUGUGAUUAAUUUUCAUUCAU